AUGUCGUUCGACGCAGGAUCGACGUUUCAGGAGCAAAUGGCGGGGCCUUCCCGGCCUCGUUUUACAGGUUGGCUCGCCAUGGCUCCCGAGGUCGAUCCACCUCGUCCUGCUCCUGCGACGACCACCACAGACGCUACCCGUCCAGCGCCACUAGCACAAGCACACAGCUCCUCUGAAAGCGCAGGCUCCGAAAAGCCGGUCGCUUCCACACACGGCUUUGGCUACCUCGGCCAGCAAGUCAAGCUGCCGCAGCGCAAGAAGCGCCGCGCAACUUUCCAAGUAGGCUCCCCCGGUCUGUCCGAAGAUGAAGCCGGAAGCUCCUCGAGCCAUCACUCGUCGCGCGCCAGCUCGGACGACCCCGAAUUCGACGUUCGCGCCUCGUUCGCACCCAUGCCAGCUUACGGCAAGAACAGGCCGUCGGCACAGCUUUCCACAUACCGAGGCGUCGGCGAUCAGAACCGUUCAGCGUACGCCAUGCAAUCAGACACGGCUACCAUCCGGGGCGGCGCAGCCGACCCAGCCGACAGCAGCAGCGACGAUGAUACCGAUGGACUGUCGUUCGGCGGUCGCCGCUGGAAGGGCAAGACGGUUCACGCAGUCGAGCAAGAGCUGGAAGCGCUGCGGGAUGAAAGGCUCAUGAGUCAUGCCCCCGACGCUGCCUACCUUGCGUCGCGCCUCGAAGGCGUCCGACGCAACCUCGAGAUCGAGGAACGCACGCCCAACUACGUGCCCUACGACGAAGACAUGCUCACAGACGACGACGAGGCUUCCCUGGCUCCGCACGCAUCGGAGGUGGUCAGGCAACUAUACCCAUUCCAGCAUGCCAGUGCGUCUGCCGAUGUUGCGUCCGCCAUGCCGCACCGUCCUGUCUCGAACGCUUCGUCGGUCAGCCUCGUCGAAGGCGAAACACCGCAUGAUCUCGACUUUGGGCUUCAAUUCGACCCGGCCGCCUCCUACUCGGCCCGCUCGGACGACGUCAAGGUGCUCGAUCCCGACCAGGUUUCGAUGCCUGCUGUCUCGCAACCACUGGCACCGACGAGCGCCAAGACGAUCGACCCGGCCGCCAGAGCUGCGGCCUUGGACGCACGUAUCGAAGUGCGCACGCUUCGACGCGGCGAUCUGGAACAAGUUCGCGACCUUCACUCCUUUCACGGCGAUUCAGACAGAUCGCCCGAUCACGGUGAGACGUACGCUUCAACGGCCUCGUUCCUGCUGCGUCUUUUGGUCGACGAUCGACACGUCUGUCUCGUCGCUGUUGCCAAACCUAUCCCUGAGCCGGCUACGCCGCUACCAGAUCUGUCUGGCACUCGUAAGCUUGAUGCUCCCAUCACACCUGGUGUCGCGGCCGCCGGCGGAUCGUCCGGCGUCGCCUCACCUGCCGUUGGUACACCGAUCGAAGGCUUGAAGUCGUUGCAUCUCGCAACCGCCGCUGCAACGGAGCAAGACGGCGACGACGGCAAUUCCUCGUCAGGUGAAGCCGGCAGCAGCCUCUCUUCGUCCCCGCAAGCCACGUCUUCCGUCUUCUCCACUGCCACGGAACAAGCUGCUGAACAACUCUCGCACUCGACGCUCGCACCCAUCGCACCUCACACCCGCAUGAUCAGUCCGCGCGACGCUCACGGUAGGAUCAACAACACCCCUGCCACCUCAGUGUUCUCCGACAUUUUCGCCGAACGUGGUCUGCCCACCCACAAGUUCACACUCGACGAUCUUCCCGGGCCUACCGAGCCGACGGAUGUCGUCAAACGGGUCCUGUCGAUUCCACCUGCACGAUCUCGGGAGGUGGAGACGGAGACGAUCCUGGGAGUGGUUUCUGCGCAACUGAGUGUUGUUAGUGCUGCAAGUGAGGAUUCGCUCUUCUCUUCUGUGAAAGAGGAGGCGAGUAGCAUCGUAGAGGUGCAUCUGUUGACGCUUGCUACAGCGCCGGAGGAGAGAGGACAAGGGUUGGGAGCAAAGCUGCUCUCUAGCCUGCAUGCGGAGUGCAUGGUGAAAGCCAGAUUCAUGGCGUUGAAAUCACGUUCCCGCGGCAGAACCGGUCCACUGCCCGUGGUUCAACCGAUCACUCCCACAUUCACGGACGAAUCGCCGCUCGCAACUCCUGCCAACGAAUCCUUCCUGCAAAACCUUCAACCCGGUCCAAGCCUCGUCUCCCUGCGUGACGCUACGCCGGCGAAAGGCACCUUUUUGGUCCGAACGCAUCUCGAGGUGCAUCCUUCCAACAUCCACGCUCUCUCGCUCUACAGAGCCCACGGUUUCAGCGCCCCGCACGACGACGCCAAGGCCAUCAAGAGAGGCUUCUACAGGGGUGACGUAAGGAUCGCUGCGAGGGAGAGGACCAAGAGAGGUGGAACCGACGCUUGGGUGCUGGAGAGGUGGGAUGGGUUAUUGUCCGACAGGUAG